CGGUGACGCCACACAGCGUAGUGACGCUGCAGUUCCCCAGAAUUCAGUGGGGGAUCAUGGCGGACGGCAGGGAGAAAGCGCUGCAGGACUACAGGAAAAAAUUACUCGAACACAAAGAGGUUGACGGGCGGUUAAAGGAAUUGAGAGAGCAGCUGAGAGAACAGACCAAACAGUACGAGAAGUCGGAGAACGACCUGAAGGCUCUGCAGAGUGUCGGACAGAUUGUUGGAGAAGUGCUCAAACAGCUGACUGAGGAGAAAUUCAUUGUCAAGGCCACCAAUGGCCCCCGAUAUGUGGUUGGAUGCCGCAGACAGUUGGACAAGUCACAGCUGAAGCCAGGCACCAGAGUGGCUUUGGACAUGACCACGCUCACUAUAAUGAGGUACCUGCCCAGAGAGGUGGACCCUCUGGUGUACAACAUGUCCCACGAGGACCCUGGCAGCGUCUCCUACUCUGAGAUUGGAGGCUUAUCCGAACAGAUCCGUGAGCUGAGAGAGGUGAUUGAGCUGCCUCUGACCAACCCCGAGCUCUUCCAGAGAGUGGGGAUCAUCCCCCCUAAAGGCUGCCUGCUCUAUGGGCCUCCAGGCACUGGGAAGACUCUUCUUGCCAGAGCAGUGGCCAGUCAGCUGGACUGUAACUUCCUCAAGGUGGUGUCCAGCUCCAUUGUGGACAAGUACAUUGGUGAAAGUGCCAGGCUGAUCAGAGAGAUGUUCAACUAUGCCAGAGACCACCAGCCAUGCAUUAUCUUUAUGGAUGAGAUUGAUGCCAUCGGCGGCCGUCGUUUCUCUGAGGGAACCUCUGCUGAUAGAGAGAUCCAAAGGACUCUGAUGGAGCUGCUGAACCAGAUGGACGGCUUCGACACUCUGCACAGAGUCAAGAUGAUCAUGGCCACCAACAGACCUGACACUCUGGACCCCGCCCUGCUGCGACCCGGCAGACUGGACCGUAAAAUCCAUAUCGAACUGCCCAAUGAACAGGCUCGUCUGGACAUCCUCAAGAUCCACUCUAGUCCAAUCACCAAGCACGGAGAAAUAGAUUUUGAGGCCAUUGUGAAGUUGUCAGAUGGCUUCAAUGGCGCUGAUCUGAGAAACGUGUGCACAGAAGCAGGUCUGUUUGCCAUCCGCUCUGACCGUGAGUACGUCACUCAGGAAGACUUCAUGAAAGCCGUGCGGAAGGUGGCCGAUUCAAAGAAGCUGGAGUCCAAGCUGGACUACAAACCCGUAUAAACCCUCUGUGUGUCAUAGUCUUUUUCUCUACCUGAUGUUUUUCAUUGCAUUGUCCUGGAUUUGCCUUCUUCUAGGCUUCAAGGCCAGAAACAACAGUUUAAGUUUGUAGGAAGCAACAUAUUACAGAGUACAUUGUUCUAACAGUUGCCGGCAAAUUGACUUUCACUCAGUAACUUCUUUUUCCACUUGUUAGUUUGACUCUGGCAUCCUACAAAACACUUGUAUAAAAUAAUUUCAUGUACUGAAAUAUACCAUAA